AUGGCGCCACGAACCCGAUCACGCACCAUCCCACAGCGGCUCAAGCUUUCAAAGACUGCGAUUGCCAGAGGUCUUGCGACCAGUGUGUCCAUGCCUGGCACCUUCGACAUGCCUUCCUGUAAUGGCCUGUUUGUGGUGCUCGGCGAGCUUUCCGCACUGGUCGCCCAGAUCAAGCAGGGCUCACGCAUCGUUCACAGCGGUUAUGAGGAGGCCAAGAAUCCACUUUUGCAGCAAUUCGGCGUCUUGAAGCGUCGACUCUUGGCCGCUGAAGAUGAGACAGCGAGCAAUGCGUCCACGGCCGUGGAGAACCUGGCAGAUGCCGUCACUCAUGCCAAAUUUGUUGGCACUGAUCUUGCCGUGGACGAAGUUGUGCUCAUGCGCAUUCUUGAGGUGCUGCGAGCCCUGCUUUUACACCCAGUGGGACGACUUUUGUCCAACGAAAGUGCCUGUGAGGUCAUGCAGUCUUGUUUUCGCAUCUGCUUUGAGUCACGCCUGAGCGAGCUGCUGCGACAACAGUCCGAAGCCACGUUGGUGGCCAUGACAGUCCACCUCUUUGGCAAUCUUGAACAUCUUCCCGGUGAUGAGGAAGAGGAACAAGAUUUGGAAUCAAGCAUGCGGCACCACCUGCACCGUUCAACUUCCGAAGUCCGCACACAUGACCUGUUGCCGCCGCCUGCUGAAGAGGGCGACUCACCCCAAGAGCAAGUCGAUGGCUCCGCCGCUGCCGCUGCCGCCACGGCGGUCGAUGGUAGCAUUUUUACAGAUGCAACCGAGGCACAACAAAGUGAAACUGAUGCCGCUUCGGGGGAUCACACCAUCGCUCUGGCUCCACCCUCGGAGCCAAGUGCUGCUGCCCCGCACAGCGCAAUGGCCUCGCCAGCUGUUGGCCGCAAACAAGCCGGCAUGCGUUUAAACGCUCGUGGCGUCCGCUUUGAAACACCUGUCAAGACACAGAGCUCCGAACACGACAUGCUCCGCCCCUAUGGUGUGCGUUGCGUGAUCGAACUCUUGCGUUUCCUCGUAUCGUUGAUCAACCCCAGUGAUCGACAAAACACAUCCACUCAGAUCAUGCUGGGCCUUGAUCUGCUACUCGUGGCCAUGGAGACUGGUGUGGACGCAUUGCAUCUUGCCCCAUCGUUGCUCAAGCGUCAAUACGAGUCAGGCGAACAUCUUGAGUUGACCAUCGAGUUCCUCCUCGAGCUUUUGCGCCUGCCUUCUUUUGCCUCGGACCUGCUUCUGAAUUUUGACUACAAUCUGUUUUGUGACGAGCUCUGCAAACCGCUGUUUGAUUUUCUCGUCAAGCACACCAAGGCGGAUGUAGGCACCCCGUCUUCCCGCCUCCUCGCACUCGAGGCCUUGUUCGCGCCGCUUCGCGACUUGACUCAUGUGCCCACCACAGAAGGUGAAUUUCACAUCUCCUUUUCCACCAGAUCGAAUCCCAUCGAUGCUCGCUGUAUACCAUCGUUCUCAUCUCGAUUUAAACCUUUGUGGACCGCCCCCCAUCUCCCACCAGGCUUGGCGCAAGACGACAACGUGGUAGCUCUACCCUCGUUUGAAUCACCUGAUGUGACACCAGCCACAUUGACGCCCGUCAAUAUGCUGGCACAGCAGCUGGAGCGCAAGCGACUCCUUCACGAAGGCAUCGAGCUAUUCAACAAGAAGCCCUCCAAGGGCAUUGCAUUUUUGCAGGAGAAGGGGCUGCUGUCGAAAUCAACCGACCUCCACCAAAUUGCGGCCUUUCUGCGCUCCGUACCCAACCUGGACAAGGCCAUGAUCGGAGAGUAUCUGGGCACACUCAAGAACAAAGAUUUGAUGACGGCCUUUGUCCAAACCUUUGAUGUCAGCCAACUCAGCAUUGAUGAGGGCAUGCGUGCUCUCAUGUCCACCUUCCGCCUGCCGGGCGAAGCCCAGCAGAUUGAGCGCAUUGUUGAAGCCUUCACGGCUCACUGGCAUGCGUCUUAUGUUGGCGAGCACGUCGUCGCUGAUUGUGAUGCUGCCUUUAUUUUGGGAUUCGCCAUCAUCCUCCUCAACGUGGAUCAACACAAUCCCAAGAACAAGCGCCCCAUGAAGCUGGAAGACUUUUUGAUCAACCAACGUGGCCUGAACAACAAGGAAAACUUUCCCCGCGAAUUUCUCGAGCGCAUCUACAACAACAUCCGCACUCAUGAAAUUGUUUUGCCGGAGGAGCACGCAGACCAGCGCGAAGAAUACGAGUGGCAGUGCUUGGUUCGCCGCAGCCAGCAGCGAGCUUCGCAGCUGGCUUCAACGCGCGCCCACCCCGAGUACGGGCGCGUGCUCUUCCAGCUCUUGUGGCCGCAGGCAUCAUCAGCUCUGUUCGAACUCUUUGACGAUUGCGAGCGCGAAGUGGGUAUCUUGGAGCGCUUGGCUGAGGACUUUUUAUUAGCUGGCCAGCUCUGCUCGCGCUUUCAGCAUAGCGCGGGCCUUGAUGCGUUGGUUGUGGCGCUGUGUCAGCGCACCCGCUUUAACGAGAUGUUGGAAACGGAGAAUGGGACUGUGCCCAAUUCGCCACAACUGGUUGGGCUCUUGGCCCAUGCUCCCGAUGCUCAGGUGGCUGUCAAGUAUGCCUUCAAGCUGGCUAGUGCUUAUGGCGAGCUCUUGCGCGACUCGUGGAAGGAGCUCUUCAUGAUCAUUCGCGGCUUUGUGUACUCGCAAAUUCUACCCGACGAUUUGAGCCAGCUCUUCGACUUUGCCGAUCCCAGUGGUGUGCGCAACUUGGUGGUCCAGCAACAGGCCGCUGCUGUUUCCAAUGUGUCAUCUUUCUUCUCUUUUAGUCUAUUCGGUGGCGAGUCUACGUCACGGUCCGAACCUGAGCCCCGUCACAUGCGGGCGCCGCAGCGUGCACUUAAGCAAGUGGAGGCUUGCCAGCUUCAGGCCCUGUUGGAGGAGAGCAGCACCCUACCUGGGCAUUCGCUCGAUACAAUGGUGGACGUGUUGAUUUACUAUUCACAUAGUGCCGUCCAGGCCGAGCAGGUCACCUACGCUUACAAUGAAACGGCGGCCAUCUUCUUUUUGGAGCAGCUGUGCCAGGUGGUGCUCCGCAACAAGGAUCGCUCGGACAUGUUGUGGACCAAGGUGACGCUGCAUCUGCAAUCCAUUUUGACGUCGGCGCCCGAUGACUCGUUGCUGUAUGAGCGAGCCGUGGUCUCGCAGCUGCGCCUCCUUCUGCGCCUGAUGAGUCGCGAGCCCCUGCAGUCGCGUGCCACGGACCGCCUGAAGGACUUGGACCCACUGCUGCGCCUGGAGCGCGGUGGCGUGGCGCUGCAGUGCGCAUGUGCUCUGAAACAAAUUGUCGAGCAGCACACGGCGGUGCUGAAUACGCAUCGAUGCUGGCCGACGCUCUUUCACCUUUUGCAUCGCACACUGACGGGAACCAAUCAGAUGGCGGUGGCGUUGGACAUUGUCAACCUCGUGGUCAACGACCGCAAGGUCAUUACGGGAGAGUCGCUGCCGGGCCUAGUAGAAACACUUGUACUGUGUGCGCAAUUGCUGGCCAACGAUGCCUCUGGCUUGCCUCUUGUACAAUCGGUGGGUCGACGGGCAGGGGCCAAUGGCCUGGUGGCAGGUGCCUCAGUGACUGGAAGCAAUACAUUGGAGACGGCAAGCAACGUGUCUGGCUCUAGCACGAGUCGAUCAGGGGCACCACCGCCCUUGCUGGGCUUGCGCGUUUUGGAUCUUAUCCAACACCUGUACACCAAUGUGAUGGGGGCCUUCCUGCCCGAGGACCGGCAAGGCGUGGACCCUCAGAGCGUGGCGGAUCAACUUUGGGUGGAAUGCUGGCAGCCACUGCUCAUGAGCGUGGCAUCCUUGGUCCUGCAUCAUCACUCGAGCAUCUGGCAGCUGGCGUUUGCCACGUUGAACCGUUUCUUGUUGGCGCCGGAUUUGCUGCAUCUCUCACCGGCCAACUGGCACCGCUGCUUCCACAUUGUGGUUUUUGACCUCAUGCGCAAGCUUCUUUUGAGCAACGAAAAGCUGCGCACCGGCGCGCUGGAGGAGCUUGGUUCGCGUGCGUGUGGACUGGCCAGCAAGGUGUUUUUGCAGCACCUGGAGGCGUUGAUGGAGGAUAGCGAGCAGUUUAUCCAGCUGUGGCAGCUUAUGCUUGACCUCUUUGACAAGUUUGUAUCUACGGGGCAGAUGGAGCUGAUUGAGUAUGUGCCGGAGCGUCUCAAGAAUAUUUUGAAUGUGAUGAAGAGUGCCGACAUUCUCAAGCCCGGGGCAAUGGUAGGCUCUCAUAACUUGUGGGACAUGACCUGGCAUCGGGUGCACGCCUUUUUGCCUGGUCUGUUAUCUGAAAUUUUCCCGGAGAUGGAGGCGCCCAGCUCUGUUCCGCCAUCGCCAUCUCCUCUGCCAGCCAUGUCCAGCACAUCACCUCCGCCAUCGGCUCCAGCUUCAGCAGCAGCUGGGCCAUCGCCCUCUGCAGCCGUGCUGUCCCCCGUGUCGCCGGUGGCAGACGUGGCCUUGGAUACGUUGCAGCAGCCGUUCAUGGUGGUCGCACCUCCUACGGCGAGCCACUUUGGCUCGAUGUAUGGGAGCGUGCAUUCGCUUCCAGGGCAAUUGCCGGCCUUGGAGCAAGCAGAUUUGCCUACGUUUAGCAUUUCCACGACCG